AUGUCUGAAAUCAUUGCGGGAAAGGAAUACCAUGAUGUGGCUCUUGUGGGUAGUAAACUCCACAGCGUCCAAGCACACGCUCCGGCUUUGCUUGCUCUUCUAGAGAGGUAUCCAGAGAUGCACAUUUACACCAAGUCACACCCGCAUUUUGUUGAGCUAAGCAGGGUCAGAGCCGAUCGUACCGACAUGGAAGCUCUGGCUCUGGUGAGGCCGGUCUGUGAGGCAGAAGUCUCCGCUGUGGUUAAGUAUUGCGUCGAACGGGGGAUAGGCAUCGCCAUUCGCAGUGGCGGGGGCGAUAUAGCGGAGCGGUCUCGCAGCCAUGGUGGCGUGGUUAUCGAUAUGAGGUCCAUGGACUCCAUGGUGUUAGCUGCGGAUCGCAAGUCCAUACGAAUCGGAGGGGGUUUGAACUCGGGUACUCUCUUGAGGUUCCUGGACGCAAACGGACUGGAUACGCCUUGUGGUUGGGGCCACGAGGUGGGCUAUAUUGCCUGGGCGUGUGGCGGGGGAUACGGAGUCGAGUGUGGCGCAAGAGGUAUGGGGGCUGACCAGAUCCUCAGUGGGAGGGUUGUGACUGCCUCUGGUGAUAUCUUGGAUGCGCAGCCUGAUAACGAAAACAAGGAUGUAUAUUGGGCACUUCGUGGUGGCGGCGCCGGCAUUCUUGGCGUUGUCAGUGAGCUGACGGUGAAAGUCCAUCCAAAACCGAAAGCACUCGCGGGAUAUGUAUGGUUCCCAUACACUGAGGCCGAAAAAGUAUUUGGCAACAUGCAGAAGCUCUACGAGGAGAACUUUCCGGACAAUUUUGCGGCCGAGGUUUUCCUCAUUGACCCGCUCAACAACGGAGGAAUCAUCAACCACUUCUUCUGGUGGGAACUGAAAGCGGAUGAGAAUGACCUAGAAGAUGCAAAGGCGUAUCACAAAAAGAUCACCGAAUGCGGGACAGUCGUGAUGGACACAGUCAAGGACAAGAACGGAAAGUAUAAUAUUACAUCACCAUACGAGUUUCUAUACUCGAUCAAGAACCCAGGUGCCGAAACUCGACUGGCAUACUACAACAAGUCAUUGACGGUCCCCUCGAUCUCUGCUGAAUUCGGCGCUAUAUUAGCUCGUCAUCCGCUGCCCACCCCUACUUCCGUGGUUGUACUCCACAACUGUCAUGGAGCCGGGACCCGGUUUGACUCGACCGCCGCUUUUGGUAACAGAGAGCAGCAUAUUCUGGUUGGUCUCGCGGCACUGUGUGAUUGGGCGGACGAGGAUGCGAAAGCCCAGAUCAAGAGUUGGCCUGGAGCGGUAUAUGAUGAACUCGUGGCGGCAGGAUUAAAUACGGGUUGGAAAUAUGUCAACUUCAAUAUAAGGGAGAAGGAUGACGGGAAAAUGUAUCUAGGUGAGAAGGGGGUAGAGAGGAUGAGAAAGCUCAAGGGAAGAUGGGACCCGGAUGAUGUAUUUGCGCUUUGUACGCCGGAUCUAGGUAUAUCGGCCACUUGA